AUGGAAACGGCGGACGGCGGCCGCCGCGGGACACAAAGGGCGACGCGGCGGCGGGCAGCGCGGAGGGGGCCCAUGGCGGCGGCGCCGGUGGCGGGGUCCGAACCCCCGGGUGAUGGCGGCGAUGGUGGUGAUGGAGGAGGAGGAGGAGGAGGCGGCGGCGGCGGGGCUCCGCGGUACAGCCUGCUGUCCGAAAUCGGCCGCGGGGCCUACGGCGUGGUGUACGAAGCGGUGUCGGGCCGCAACGGCGCCCGGUUAGCGGUGAAAAGGAUCCGGUGCGACGCCCCCGAGAGUGAGCUGGCGCUGGCGGAGUUCUGGGCCCUGACGAGCCUCCGGCGGCAGCACCCCAACGUGGUGCGGUUCGAGGAGUGCGUCCUGCAGCGGCACGGCCUGGGCCAGCGCAUGAGCCACGGCAACAAGCGCAGCCAGCUCUACCUGCGCCUCGUCGAGACCUCCCUGAAAGGUGAGAGGAUCCUGGGCUACGCCGAGGAGCCUUGCUACCUCUGGUUUGUCAUGGAGUUCUGUGAAGGAGGGGACCUCAACCAGUACGUGCUGUCACGGAGACCUGACCCAGCCACCAACAAGAGCUUCAUGCUGCAGCUGACCAGUGCCAUUGCCUUCCUGCACAAGAACCACAUCGUCCACAGGGACCUGAAACCAGACAACAUCCUGAUCACUGAAAAGUCUGGCACCCCUGUUCUCAAGGUGGCUGACUUUGGGCUGAGUAAGGUCUGUGCUGGCCUGACUGCUCGGGGCAAGGAGGGUGGCAAGGAGAACAAAAAUGUGAAUGUGAACAAGUACUGGCUGUCCUCAGCCUGUGGCUCUGAUUUCUACAUGGCACCCGAGGUCUGGGAGGGCCACUACACUGCCAAGGCUGACAUCUUCGCCCUUGGCAUCAUCAUCUGGGCCAUGAUUGAGAGGAUAACCUUCAUUGAUGCUGAGACCAAGAAGGAGCUGCUGGGGACCUACAUCAAGCAAGGGACUGAGAUUGUGCCCGUCGGGGAAGCGCUGCUAGAAAACCCAAAGAUGGAGCUGCACAUCCCUCAGAAACGCAGGACUUCCAUGUCUGAGGGGAUCAAGCAGCUCUUGAAAGACAUGUUGGCUGCUAACCCACAGGAUCGACCUGAUGCCUUUGAGCUUGAAACCAGAAUGGACCAGGUUACAUGUGCUGCUUAAAUUCAGGGCAGGGCACUGCUGUGCUUUGCAGCUGGGUUUAUUUACCAGGGACCCAUAAUCUCCAUUAUUUACAUGCAACGAGGGAAGUCAAAGAUAAAGGAAGAUGAUGACACAGACUAUCCCUGAUCUGCAUCUGGAUCUCUGGCAAUGUGAAAUCUUGGGGUGUUACUUUG